AUGACAGAUGCCGCCGUGGCCUUUGCCAAGGACUUCCUGGCAGAUGGAGUGGCCGCAGCCAUCUCCAAGACCACGGUAGCACCCAUCGAGCAGGUCAAACUGCUGCUGCAGGUGCAGAAUACCACCAAGCAAAUCACUGCAGAUAAGCAAUACAAGGGCAUUACAGACUGUGUGGUCCGUAUCCCCAAGGAGCAAGGAGCCCUGUCCUUCUGGCAUGGUGACCUGGCCAAUGUCAUCAGACACUUCCCCACCCAGACUCUCCACUUUGCCUUCAAAGAUAAAUACAAGCAAAUCUUCCUGGUGGUGUGGACAAGAGAGCCCAGUCUUGGCGAUACUUUGCAGGGAAUCUGGCAUCAGGUGAUGCCGCUGGGGCUGCCUCCUUGUGUUUUGUGUAUCCUCUUGAUUUGGCCCAUACCCAUCUCUAGCAGCUGA